CAUGUUUAUGUUAUCUUAGACUCGUCUCCGAUAACAGAUGAGUUAAUAAAGCUGAGAUCAACAUGUCAGUGGACUGUUAAACAUAUCAUGCCUCCUGGCUCCUCUCUGUGUCUCCAAAGAUGUUUUCAGAAUCAUCCACAUAGAAAUGCAUGUAAUCCAUGUGUAGCUUUGUUUUUCUGUCUAAGCUGUAUUGCCUUGUUGAUCCUGUAGAAGUUGGUGAUAUCCAGUCCACACUGUUGGACCACAGACCUGUUAUCAGUGCAGAAGUUCGCUACUUUGUCAGAGAGUUUGAGGAGAAGCGAGGUUUGAGGGAGUGCCGGCUGCUGGAGAACCUGAAUAAAAUGGUUCAGGAGGCAAACGAGCAAAUGCUGCCCUCUAAUUUAGAGGAAAUGAGCCAGAAACUGUCUGACAUCAGUAAGCGCUUGGAGGCUGCUAAUCACAUGGCAGAGAGAGUCCAGCAGAGGGAGCUGGAGGCACAGCAGAACACCGGGCUGCAGGCGAACAUGGAGAAACUAAAAGAGGACUGGGCUGAGUUUGUGAAGGAGCAGCAGAGAUUAAAGGAAGAGGUGGAUGAGGAGCACGCUAAGGCUGUUGGAGAACUCAGCUCUCGCUUUAGUGAAAAGAAGAAGGACUUGUCACAAUUUUAUCUCUAACCACUUUUCUAUUGUAUGAACGGUUACCAUUUGUUUAGUAAUUUGUUGUAAUUGGUGUUGGCUGAAA